CAUUUCAAACAUAUUCACUUCUCUUCACCCUUCUUUUUUUCUCUAAACUCCUCACAUCUCGUAUCUUCAUUUAUAUACACUUUUAACAUAUUUUCUAGCACCCUUUUUCAUAACUUUUGUUAACAUGGUGAGAAAGGAUAACCCUAAUCUGCCUCCGGGCUUUCGGUUUCAUCCGACCGAUGAAGAAUUGAUCAUGUUUUACUUACGAAACCAAGCGUUGUCUAAACCUUGUCCCGUGUCUAUAAUCCCCGAGGUUGAUAUAUACAAGUUUGAUCCUUGGGAGUUGCCUGAGAAAACGGAAUCUGGAGAAAAAGAAUGGUAUUUCUUUACUCCUCGUGACAGAAAAUACCCUAAUGGGGCUCGACCCAAUAGGGCGGCUGUGUCGGGCUAUUGGAAGGCCACAGGGACGGAUAAAACAAUCUAUAGCGCGUCAAAGUAUGUUGGAGUAAAGAAGUCCCUAGUGUUCUACAAAGGUAGGCCACCAAAGGGUACUAAGACCGAUUGGAUCAUGCAUGAAUAUCGAUUGAACGAGUCAAGACCGCAACCCACUAAGAAAAUUGGAUCCAUGAGGUUGGAUGAUUGGGUCCUAUGUCGAAUUUACAAGAAAAAAAGUGCCGAAAGACCUUUAGAACAAAGAGAAGAACAUAUUAGUAAUCAAAAUGUCCCUAGUGAUGAUCACAAUGCCAUGGAGAUGCAAUCAAAGAAAAUUCCUAGGACAUUUUCACUUGCUCAUUUGUGGGAACUGGAAUCUUUAGGCUCCAUUUCGCAUCUUCUAGACGAUGACCAUACAAACUAUGACAAUAUUGGAGCCGCGGUGCCACAAUCAUCAACUUUGUUCCCUGAAACAAGAUUCUUGGAACCUCAUUUCGUCAAGUUUGAAGACGAAAAUCACAAUGCUUACUUGAAUCAGACAAGUUUUUAUAAUCCAAUGCUUCAGUUCCAAUGAUUCUAUUACACAAUGGAAUUGACAUUUAUAGAAAUACAAUGAUGAAAUAGUCUAUUAAAUAGAAUAGAAGUGGCAAAAAGAUAGAUAGUGUUAUAAUUGUAAAUGGGAGGUGAAAUGGUGUGUGUGUGUGUGUUGUGUGUUAGUUGUUUGGGUUGGGGGUGGUUUCUUUUUUAUUUUUAUUUAUUUUUUAAUCAAUAGUUAUUAACUUCAAAUGGUUUAAAGUUUUAA